AUGCGGAGAAGCUCCCCCCAGGCCCCGAAGGUCCCAGGCCCAACGGGCAAUGAUAUGCUUGGUUCCUACUCUCUGAACAACUCAAUCUGCAACCACCCCCCCGGCGCCGCGUGGCUCCUCCCAUACUUCUCUAUCUCUAUUCGCGCAGUUUACCACUUUGUUAGCAUGGCCGGCUUUACCUCGCGUCCCCAUCCACGUGCCUGGGUAAGCUCCUGUUCAAUCGCCCUUUCCAAAGCUGCACAUCUGACCAGAGAGAAGAUUGCUGGGAUGCAUCAGCACCCUCGAACUCCGGCGGUGCCAUCACGGGCGCCGCCGCCCAACCUUCCCUCCCAGCCCACCUCAAUCCGCAGCGACCUCCGCGAACAAGACUCCGCUCCAGCUUCCCCAACCGCCGAUAUCCGCACAAAUAUUGCAAGGGGCCUCGGUAUUGAAGCUGGCUCAGAUUCCUCGGAGGCAGCCAAAGAGGCAUUACCCGGGAAAGAGGCUAUCGCUAAACUGAACCAGAUUGUAGCGAAUUACCAUACCAAGGCAGCUCUGAUCAUUCUGGAUGCUCGGGCUGAUUUACCUCCUUCUUUCAACCGAGGUUCUCAGGAUCCCCGCAUCAAUCGUUGGUUCAACGUCGAGAUCAAAGAUACUGAUGUGCUGCGAGAGCCGCUCCGAACAUGGCGAAGUUGCGACAUUUCCGAUGUACCGCCACCACCUCUCAUCAUCGAAACGUAUUUGAACACCAAGGGCCUGACUAACAACGAGAGCUUGGUGAUACUGGAUGAUAAUGGGAAACGAUGGGAUGUGCGAGACUCACUCGUAGCCUGUGGGCUUCGUUCCAACUCCAAGCAAUCCCCAGCGGACUCUGAUGAUAUCAUUUUAGAGCGCUGGAGAAUCGAACUGGGUCAGCCGUCGAGCAGGCUUCCUGCCGACUUAACUUCCAUCUUACCAACCGUGUACAAGAAAAGUAUCGUUCUGUUCCGGUCACUGUUCACUUAUUCGAAAUUUUUGCCGGCUUGGAAGUUCUCGCAGCGCAGUAAAAAGCUACGACUAAACCCAGCUUUGCAGGUCAAAUACCGAGUGAUACAGGGGCCUGCGUCCAGUAGCCAGAGACUUGAUGCGCUUACAGUUCCUCUGUACGAAGGAGACGGCAAGGUCGUGGACACAUACAGCUUUGGAGUCACCGAAUCCCCAGCAGGUCCCUUUUCCGUGCAGGUUACAUACCGGACGAACUGUGAUUUCAGGGUCGAUGAUUCGGAAGCCCUGCUGAGUUCACGCUUCAUGGGUGCAGACGAUGAGAUAUUCCGCCCCUCAUUGCCUUCGGAGGACAUCGUUCGACCGAAUCCUCAUGUGAGUUCAGUACCGGCUGAGCGACGAGUACCUGAAAAUCCAGAUUGGUCUCAAGCAUGGGGUAGUAUGAGCAUGUGGCAUCAACCAGAUUGCCUGAAAGUUCGAACCGAUACAGAUCCCGUAUCAACAUUGCAAGCACGAGAAAAUACUUCUACUUCCGCAUCACCAGACUCGGCUUCGAAGAGAUUGUUGUCACCCGUGAAGAUAGGGGCGUCUGGUCGAGCAGCCCAGAUUGCCAGUGAAAACGGUGCAUCAAAUAUUGCUCGACGCCCCUCUGUGUCAUUCCAGCCCUUCAAAGCGCCACCACUAUCAGCCUCUCCCGCUCUAACUGAUCCUCCGCUCAGUGUGUCUCCACGCAAUACGCCUAUGGCGCGUCCUUCCACUGGAACCUCUGUGGAUUCUCGUAUCAUGCCUCCGCCAUCUACAGCUGCAUCAGCACGCCGACCUAUCUCUCGUCCGGCAGACCAAGCCGUUUCGUCUUCUAACUCUUCCUCUCCCAAGCCAGCAUCCAUUUCUAGGUAUAGUAGCUCAUUUAGCCAUCGCCGCAAUAGACCCUCUGGUGGCCUAUCCCGAGGCGACGAUGAUGCCUCAAGUGGUAGGGCCAGUGCAGCAUCAUCAAAUGUGCAACCUGGCUCAGGUCUUCUCGCCGAGGCGACGGGAACGAGUGCUGAAUCGAUGCAUGCCGAUGAUGAAAACAUUUCGGAGUUUCUCAAAGAACUAGACCUAAAAAAGGAUCUGCUUAACCGAAGUGUCUCUUCACAGCAAGCUGGUAAUCGUCCAACUUCUGGCGCUUCUGCUGCUCUGGCGCGCUUCCAGCGGAUGCGCGAGUCCAAUGCCGUUCUCUCAGACUCAAUCUCUUCUUCAUUACACCUUCAGCGCUCCUCUCUCAUCGAGCAAGCCUCUAUCUGGGGUUCCGCCUACACUUGCCGGUACAUCUACUUCCACGGCUUCACCCCCCGGAAACCAAUGUCUCCUCAUACUCCCCAUACUCCUGCAAUCCGAUCGCGUCUCAGUUCGAACAGUGUGGCAGAUAAUGUUAGCACCGAGCGCACUACCAGAGGCCUACACAUUGAACACGAGUCUCCAGUCGAGGAGAACCCGAGGGGGGAAUCGACGCAGCGUGCUUCUACCAUUGCAGGAGCAAUUGAUAUUCCAACGUCGCCUCGGAUUUUCGAUCCAUCCUAUCGUCGGUCAAGUUCUGCUGCUCAGCGACGGCGACCGGCUACAGCAAGCGACGAAGACGAACUCUUCCCAUUCGGCAUACGUAGCGUCAGCCUUGGAGUUGACGGUGGAUCGCACAUGCAGCGGCGAGCUGAGACAGAAGGUAUAGACUCUGCACAAAGCCAGCCACGUCAUGCAGGGCAACCAAUAACAAGCACUUUGGCAGACCCUAGCACACGUGUCGCCUCCACGACGGAGCCGUUUGACGGGCCUUGCGACCGUGGUCAGACCGCCUCUGUGCCUGUUGCUACAUCCUCUUCCUCCAACGCAAAUGUCUACCAGCCCCGAUUCGCCAGCUCCAGGGGCCGAGGCUUCUCUGGCGGCCCACAGUCCCUCAGUUCUGCGUCGAGUAGUCUGGUCCGUGGGGGCACUAUCCCGCCUCACCUCACCGAACGAGAUACCGAACGUGAUGGCAAUGCCAGCGGUAGCAACAGUGGCAACUCAACGUUGGAAGUUCGCCGCGGCUCCGGCCAGCGGUUUGGCACGAGCCGUGCACCACAGUCGCAGGGAACUUUCGAAGACGAUGAGCCUUUGCUUUUCGCAAUGAGCGACUUCGGUGCUUCCCGGCGCAGUUUGGAAGAAAACCGCCAUGGUAACCAUGGCGGCACAGACUCAGCCAGUGGCUCUCGCCGAGGCAGUGGGCGUCGCGGACAUGGUCUUCCUGGAUUUCAACCCUGGAAUUAG